AAAGAAAAUAGUAAAUUAGUUAAUGGAUCUACUGGAAUAAUAGUUGGAUUUAAGAAUGGUGAAACUACAUAUAGAGAAGAAGUUCCUGAAGAUGUAGCUUCAAUUUUUUUAGUUCCAAUUGUUAAAUUUAAUGGUAUAAAAGAAGAAAUAGAAAUUAAACCAAGAACAUUUCAAAAACGAAAUAAUGAUGGUAUUUUAAUGGUUACUCGUAAACAAUUACCAUUAAUAUUAAGUUAUGGUAUUACUAUACAUAAAUCACAAGGAUUAACGAUUCGAAGAUUGAUAGUAGAUUGUAAAAAUGUUUUUCAAAGUCAACAAUUAUAUGUAGCAUUUUCCCGAGCUACUGAUCCAAAUAAUUUACAAAUAGUAAAUUUUAAUUCAAAAAAAUUAAAACCUAAUAAAAAA